CCGAGGAUUUGCUCUCCGAGAAAAACUACCACCCAAGGAUCCUCCUCCACCACUUCCUCAAACUUCCUUCAAACCUCAGCUGCACUUACCAUUGUCUAAGGAACUGAAAAAAGAUCACCAACACCCUGUAUCUGGACGGUCAGAAAAUAAGUUGUUUUCUCCAUCCAUUUCUCCGAUGCAAAAACGACGCAUGUGGCACUUAUCCCAAACUAAUCAUGUCUAUCCGUACAAGAACCCUCCCCCUCUGCCACUACGGCAACCAGGUACAGAGAAGGACAUCAAAAAAGUUGAAUUCUCUGGACCAAAAUAUGAGGAGCCUAGCAAUCCACACAGUGAAAUUCCUCCACCUUUGCCUCCUAGACAGAGUACAUCUGAAAAAGACGCUGACAUUAAACAAAAGACUGCUGAUCAGCGCUCAAAUAAAACCAAAAUUCAACAAAUGACAAGCACAAAGAAGAGUAAAAAUGGUGGACAGUCAUUUUGGCGUAAUUUGAAGCAGGCUAAGGUGUUUUCGUCAUCUACAAUGACUGCAGUGAAUAAAAACAAAAGCCCUCCUCCCCUCCCACCUCGUAUUGCUGCAAAUAAUGAUUACUCCAAUGAGUUUCCAAGGCAUCUCUCAAGUGAUGUGAGCAAGGAAGGCAAGGACAGUUCAUCAGAUGAUAUCGCACCAAGGCCAGCUUUUAUUCCUCCCCCGCCGGCACCACCCCCUCCUCCCGAGAUAGCUGCACCAGUCACAAGAAAAUUUGAGGUGACCUCCAAGGUGAAAAUGCGACCAUUUCAUUGGAACAAAGUGUCGGCCCUCAUGUUAUACAUCGAUGCAAUUGGGGCAUCGAAGAAGGACGACAGACAACAAACGUCGAUCCUGCUGCAUGUUAUCGGUGAGCAAGCCCUUGACGUUUACAAUACAUUCAAAUGGGAUGAAGAGGGCGACCACGAAGGGGAUAACAUGCGCCUGGCAAAAGUAAUGGCCAAACUAGAGAAAUGCUGCACCCCCAAGACCAACUUGACACUGGAGAGAUUUCACUUCAAUAACUGUUGCCAGCAACCUGGUGAAGGCAUUGACGCGUACCUCACUAGACUAAAAAAGCACAGCAAAAAGUGUGAAUUUGGCCCACUACAGGAUUCGCUGGUCAAAGAUAGACUGGUAUGCGGCAUCGUCGCUAAUGUAACAAGAGAACGCCUGCUUCGAGAGGAAGACUUAACUCUCGAAAAAGCAGUCAAAAUCUGCAAGGCUGCUGAGUUAGUGAAAGAGCAUUUAAAGGAGCUACAAUCAACAACUCCAACAGUACAUGCCGUGCAGAAAAAUCCAUCUGCAAAACCAAAACCGCAGGGAGCUAAUAGAAAACCCCAGGCAACAGCUAAGCCACAGAAUGCACCUAAAGGAAAGCCCAGUUGCUGGAAGCCCAGAAAUGAUCAACAGCAACAAACUAGUGACAAACAUCACUGUAGACGCUGCGACAACUGGCAUGUCUCGGGAAAAUGCCCAGUGUACGGUGAAACAUGUGCUUACUGUAGAGGCAAAAAUCAUUUUGCCAAGUGUUGCUUCAAGAAACGUGCACAGGGCCAAGUGCACACAGUAGACAAUGACGAGUCCACUGACUUUUUUCUGGACACCAUUACGGGGCACAGGUAUAAGCCACUACUACACCCAGCCACAGAGACACUGAAAACCUACAACCACAGCCAGAUAAUCGUCAAAGGCAAGUGUGUAGUGACUGUGGACCAUGCAGCACGAAAACACAAAAUGCUGUUCUUCGUCGUCCCAGGUGAUAAACAAGCACUGUUGGGUAGACAAGCUUGCGAACAGUUAGGGCUUGUCAAAGUAGCCUGUGCUGUCACGAAUCAGGAGCAACCAAAAGACCCCAACGACAACUACGCGAACCUGCUACACGAAUACGGUGACAUAUUCGAAGGACUGGGUUGUUUGCCAGGGAUGCACCCAAUCAUCAUUGAUGAGACAGCACAGCCAGUUGUACAUGCCUGCCGCAAAGUACCAUUUGCACUCCAUAAUGGUCUAAAGAGAGAACUUGAACGUAUGGAGAGUCUUGGCGUCAUCACCAGAGUGGAUGAGCCUACCGACUGGGUUAAUUCUCUAGUCGUUGUCAAGAAAAAGAAUGGAGACAUUCGUGUGUGCAUGGAUCCGAGAGAUCUCAAUCGUGCCAUUAAACGAGAGCACUACAAAAUGCCCACGCAUGUCAUGUCACAGUUUGCGGGUGCAUCUUACUACUCCAAAUUCGAUGCAUCACAAGGAUUUUGGCAGCUUCAACUGGUUGAGAAAAGCAGUCGCUUGUGUACAUUCAACACGCCGUUCGGUAGGUACAGAUAUACGAGACUACCGUUCGGCAUAUCAUCAGCACCAGAGGUCUACCAUAAAACUGUUCACCAAAUCUUCGAGUCAAUCGAUGGUGUCAGUACCUUCGCUGACGACAUCAUCAUCUAUGGAGCAACCAAAGAGGCCCAUGAUCGCAGCCUACGACUGACACUUGAAACAGCACGUCAAGUGAACCUGAAGCUGAACGGAAGCAAAUGUGAAAUUGGCGUCACACAGCUCACAUUCAUUGAUGAUCUGGUAACGACAGAUGGUGUUAAACCAAACCCCAAUAAGGUCGCGGCGAUCAACAACAUGCCCAAACUAGAAAACGAGCAAGAGCUUCAGCGCUUCUUGGGCAUGGUAACAUAUUUGGCCAAGUGGAUCGCGGGACUCUCGCAAAAAUCAGCCCUGCUUCGAGCACUGCUGAAAGAUGACAACGAAUGGCAGCGGGGUCCAGAACAGGACAGCAUGGAGUGACCUGAAGGCUACAGUAUCUAAGGACCCAGUUCUUCAGUACUAUGACUCAAAUUGCCCAAUACGCCUGUCAUCCGAUGCAAGUAAGGACGGUCUGGGAGCAGUGAUCCUCCAACUUCACGACGACAAGUGGUCGCCCGUGGCCUAUGCAUCGAGAGCCAUGACAAGCGCAGAGACUCGCUAUGCGCAGAUAGAGAAGGAGCUUCUUGGAAUUGUCUUUGCAUGCGAGCGCUUUCAUCAGUUUAUCUA